AUACUUAAUAUACGAUUUUAUGUCGCACAGAUAUUUCGUAAUCCACGUGACAUUAUCAAGAACAGUAUCAAUGCUUUAUUUAAUACAGAAAUCUAUUCUGUCAGGGGACGUACGACGACAUGGUAAUAGUCCGCUCGAGGUUCCUCAUUAAAAAAGAGGAAAUCAAGACCUGCGGUUGCAUAAGCGUCUUGUCGGGAGCUAAAAAAAAAUUACUUUUAAAAUUAUUAUUAAUAUUUUUUUUAUUUUAAAAUUGAAAUUUUUAAUACUCCCGGAAGAAUUUGAUUCCUUUUUGUAAGUUGGGCAAAAAUGCAAGAAUUGUAUAGUAAAGUGUGUGUUGCCGGAAGUAUCAAGUUUGUCGUUAGCAAAGAAAGAGAGGAAGAAGUGGACGAAAGUUUUUCUUGUCAUCUAGCAACAAUAUUUGCAAGAGAACAAGAAGAAUAUUUUAUAAAUAUAUCUAAAGAUGCUCCCAUACCGUUGAAUACGGCAUUUCUAAGAAAAUUUGCGGAUGUAAUUGAAGUACGUGGUUACACCAUGUCUAGCAUUUGUGCUUUGGUCGAUACCACAGCAUGCGCCUGUAAUGAAAAGUACAAAAACCAAUUUUCUAAUAUGGAUGUGGUUAUGUUGAAGCCCGUUAAGGUUCCUCGUCAACCCGUUUUUUCAUGGGAGAGUGUUAUUCGAAAGUUUGUUCGUGUUACCAGAGAGUAUAAAAAAUUCAAGAAAAGGUGUUUGAAUGACCAUGAUACAUUGGAAAAAUUAAAGGAGAUAUAUAGGACAGAUGUAACGACAAUCCACAAUUGGACAACGAAAAAAUUGAACAACACUUAUAUUUACAUGUGGAAAUGAACAUAUUGACCGAUAUUAUAGACAAAAGAGAUAAAAGACCAGUGUUUAUAGCGGUAUCUAAGCAUUGUUGUUACUUAUGAAUUAUAUAUCAAAUUUGCACAAACCAAAGGAUACUGUAUCUUCACUUCUGG